GAAGUAUUUUUCAUCUAAAACUUCCUUCUUCCUUGAAGUCCCUUUUCUAUCGAUUUCUGAUAGGAAUUACCAAUAAAAAUGACGAUUCAACGAAUUUUUGGGCGCCCGCAGCUAAUAACAACCUACAAAAAUGUCACAGACAUUUUAAAAAGCUCCAAACGAUUUUGUGCCCACAAACACUUUGCGGAACACAAGCCAAUCGACAAAAUCCGCAACAUUGGAAUCUCCGCGCACAUCGACAGUGGCAAGACUACGUUGACAGAGCGUAUUCUCUUCUACACGGGGCGCAUUGCCCAAAUGCACGAAGUCCGUGGCAAAGACAAUGUCGGCGCUACCAUGGAUUCCAUGGAGUUGGAACGUCAACGCGGCAUCACAAUCCAAUCAGCUGCCACUUAUACCAUUUGGAAGGAUCACAACAUCAAUAUCAUCGACACACCGGGGCAUGUCGACUUCACGGUAGAAGUUGAGCGUGCUUUGCGUGUUUUGGAUGGAGCUAUUUUGGUAUUGUGUGCCGUUGGCGGAGUGCAAAGUCAAACGUUGACCGUUAAUCGACAAAUGAAGCGUUAUAAUGUGCCGUGUCUCGCUUUCAUCAACAAACUGGAUCGUCAAGGAUCGAAUCCGUAUCGCGUUUUGCACCAAAUGCGAAGUAAAUUGAAUCACAAUGCAGCUUUUAUCCAACUUCCGAUCGGCUUGGAGAACGAAUGUGAGGGAAUUAUCGAUUUAAUUCACAAAAAAGCUCUGUACUUUGAUGGCGCCUUCGGUACUGUCAUUCGCGAAGACGAAAUUCCUCAAAAUAUGAGGACCGAAGCUGAUGAACGGCGUCAGGAAUUGAUCGAACAUGUCUCGAAUGUCGAUGAAACGCUCGGUGAAAUGUUCUUGGAGGAGAAACCCGUGACCGAAGCUGAUCUGGAAGCUGCUAUUCGUCGUUCGUGUCUCAAAAGAACAUUUACUCCGGUUCUCGUUGGCACCGCUUUGAAAAACAAAGGAGUCCAACCAUUAUUGGACUCAGUUUUGAAGUUUUUGCCAAAUCCAGGAGAAGUUGAAAACACCGCAUUAAAAGAGGAAGAAGGAAAGGAGACAGAAACAGUCGUUUUGAAUCCCGCUCGUGAUGGCAAAGCACCCUUCGUUGGACUCGCUUUUAAACUCGAAGCAGGUCGUUUUGGGCAAUUAACGUACUUGCGAUGCUAUCAGGGAUGCUUGAAAAAGGGAGAUAACAUCUUCAACUCUCGUACUCGUAAAAAGGUCCGCAUUGCUCGUCUCGUGCGCCUUCAUUCGAACAACAUGGAAGACGUGACAGAAGUUUAUGCCGGCGAUAUUUUCGCCCUAUUUGGCGUCGAUUGUGCCAGCGGUGACACUUUCGUCACAGAUCCAAAACUAAAAAUUGCUUGCGAAUCGAUUUACGUGCCAGAUCCCGUCGUGUCGAUGGCCAUUGCUCCCGUCAACAACAAAGAUCGCGAUAAUUUCUCCAAAGCAGUUGCCCGUUUCACCAAAGAAGAUCCCACGUUCCACUUUUACUACGAUGCCGACGUCAAAGAAACUCUCGUAUCUGGCAUGGGCGAAUUGCAUCUCGAAAUUUACGCGCAACGCAUGGAACGCGAAUACAACUGUCCCGUUGUUCUUGGCAAACCGAAAGUCGCGUUCCGUGAAACGCUGGUGUCGCCAUGCGAAUUCGAUUAUUUGCACAAGAAACAAUCCGGUGGGCAAGGACAGUACGCGCGUGUUAUUGGAAUUAUGGAGCCAUUGCCGGCAGAGUCGAACACGCUGCUGGAAUUCGUUGACGAAACCGUCGGCACGAACAUUCCCAAGCAAUAUAUUCCCGGUGUGGAAAAGGGUUUUCGACUGAUGGCGGAAAAAGGUCUCUUAUCUGGACACAAAAUGAGCGGCAUCAGGUUCCGCUUGCAAGACGGUGGCUCUCACAUUGUCGAUUCCAGUGAAUUUUCGUUCCAGUUGGCGGCGCAAGGUGCAAUCAAAGACGUUUUCCAAAAUGGAUUCUGGCAGAUUUUGGAACCAAUCAUGUUUGUGGAAGUUACGGCACCGCUAGAGUUUCAGGGAGCCGUUAUGGGACAAAUUAACAAGAGAAAAGGUAUCGUGACGGGUACUGAGGGCACAGAAGGAUGGUUUACGGUGUAUGCUGAAGUGCCUCUUAACGAAAUGUUUGGAUAUGUCGGUGAAUUAAGAUCAACUACUCAAGGCAAGGGAGAAUACACCAUGGAGUACAGUAGAUACUCACCAUGCCAACCAGACCUUCAAGAACGACUGGUCCAACAAUAUCAGGAAUCAAUGGGAAUUCUCCCGGACAAGAAAAAGAAGAAGAAUUAAAUUUUUUUAACCCCUCUCGUUUAAGGAUCCCCCAUAAAAAAAAUAAAUUGAGUAUUUUUUUGUUUUUUUUUAGAAUAUUCGUGUACAUUAAUUUAGUUUAAAUUGACAAAAAAAAACUAAAAUAAAUAAAAUUCAUAUUUAAUAAGCA